CGCCCGCUGACGCAGCGUCCAGGACCGCGGACUUCCGAAAGCCCGAUCAACGCGCGCACUCGAGCGAGCGUCAAGACGACCUCCGAAGCGGAUGCGCCAAUGCGGCACACGCACACACCCACACGCGGCGGUGUUGCGUCGGCACCGGCGGCGUGCAACGCGCAGGAGAUAUAUAAACGAGAGCCGGAAUCGUGAGCCAACAUCCCGACGCCCGAGGAGUGCGCGAGGUUAGAAGCACCCGAGACGCCGACAUGAGCCAACGCGUGGAGCCCCUCAACGCAGCCGCAGCCAGCGCGGUGCUGCUGCUUUUGGCACAGCUCUCCAGCCACUGGGUGCCCGUCCUGUCACAGGGAAUACUGUCCGAUGAAGAAGCGGCUUACUUGGCACCUUCGGCCAAGUACCGGCAGCCGCGAGAUCCCCUGGUGGAGUUGCUGCGGGAGCAACUGCCCCCGACCCGGACCAUCACCGGCAGCGGCGGUCUGUUCUCCAUCAACGAGACUGUGCGCGGCGUGGAGUACCAGGGUCACGUGUCCGUCCAGAAGGGACACCUCCACGGCCUCGCAGUCGUCUCGAGGUCGGCGAAGAGUUGCGGCCACCGCAAGUUGCAGCUGAUGUGGCCUCGCGUGACGGCCACGUUCAAGUUCAAGGCUUCGGUGAACGGCGUCCGCGUUCUCGGCGUGGCCACGGUGUACCUGCUGCCGGCCACCUCGCACGUGCCCCUGGACGUCGACGGUAUGCCCGCGGGCUCGUACCGCGUGGACGCUGUCAAGGCCUCGUCAUUCGGCCUGUCCUCGCUCAAGGGCUUCACGCGCCUCGUCGGUCACAUGUCACGGCGGCUGACGUUCGCGAGCCAAGCCGCGCUGCGCUCUUUUCUCACCGGCGAAGGGCGCAAGGUGCUCGACGCGACACUGCGCAGACUGUACAACGAGGCGACGCCUGGCGCCGCGUUGGUGUGCUGAGCGGGAGAGUGAAUGAAGUACUCGAGCACUGUACGUACAUAGGCGCGCAGCUUUAUGCUAUGCUGUCAAAAGGCGGUGUAUAGGAAAGCGCCUCGAUCGCCACACUCUUGUGUCGCAUCAGGCAAUCGAUGAAAGGAACGAAAGAGUUGUGGUCGCCAUCGUACAAGUCAAAGCUUUAGCGGCUUUAGUUUAAGCUAGAGUUACUGUAUAUGCUACCAAAGGUAAUUCUAGUUUAAGCUGCUAGCGAGCGGCCCCUGGCGGCAGCACAGUGUAUGACAGGCUGUCUCGUCUCGUCAAACGUGUUGCACACUGCAGGACUGAGGACAGACAGCGUUUUCAGGCAGCAGGCAGACUACGUUUUUUUAUAUUUAUUUUUUUUAGGAAGGAAAAGGGGUAUAAGCCACGCGACCAUGGAGUGUACUGAAAUGUGAAACGCCAACACAUGCGCAGUGCAUGCAGCUCGCAUGUACGAAGUUGCCAUUUUUGCACCUGACGAGAUCGCGUGUAAACAUGGGGUAAUAAAUCUAUGCCACGUGUGUCUGUUUA